AUGAUGGAAAUGAAAUUGAUACAGAUGGAUGCAAAAAUUGUAAAUAUUUCUGUAGAAUUGGAUGUUCUUCUUGCAAUUAUAAUAUUAAUAAAUGUUUAAGUUGUGAAUUACCUGGAUUUUUUCCACAAAAGUUUUAUUGCAAAAAUUAUUGUGGAGAUGGGUUUGUUGUAAAAGAUCCAUAUAGUAUCUAUUUUGAAGAAUGUGAUGAUGGAAAUAAAACUGAAUAUGAUGGAUGCAAUAACUUUUGUUGAUUUUAGUGUUAGCCAACAUCAAUUUGCAUAAAUUGUGUAAAUGAUCGAUGCGAAUAAUGUGCUCCUCACUAUUUGCUCUCUGAUUCCAAAAUAUGUAUUCCAAUAUGUGGAGAUUAAAUAAUAGUACCUUAUGAACAAUGUGAAGUUCCAUUUAUAUUACCCUAUAAGGGUUGUUAGAAUUGCUAAGCAAAAUGUUAAUCCUCUUGCAUUACUUGUGAUAAUACUGGACUAGGUUGUAACGCUUGUAAGAAUGGUUACAAUAGAAUUGAUAAUUUAUGUUUUUCAAUUUGUGGAGAUAAAAUAGUUACAGAAGAUGAAGAAUGUGAUGAUGGGAACUUAAAUUUUGGUGAUGGUUGUCAUUAAUGUUCUUUUAGUUGUCCUAUUUUUUGUUCAGAUUGUCGCAAGGGUGUUUGUUAUGAUUGUCAUGAAGGUUAUUAUUUACUUAAGUAUUCCUGCUUUAAAAUUUAUGAUUACUAUCCUGAUCCAAGAUGUAAUUCUUAAUGUUUGAGCUGUAGUAUCGGAGGACAUGGUUGUUCAGUAUGUUAAAGUGGAUUUUAAAAUAUUAAUGGUACUUGUACACCUAUUUGUGGAGAUAAAUUAGUUGUUGCAGAUGAAUAAUGUGAUGAUGGUAAUAUAAUAUUUGAGGAUGGAUGUCAUGUAUGUUCAAAACCUUGUUCUUGUUCGUAUUGCUUUGAGGGUAGCUGUUUUAGUUGCCCAGAUAAUCAUUUCUUAUUUAAGCAUAAAUGUUUUAACCUAGAGUAGUAUGCUAAUUUUAAGGAAACUACUAAUUUUUAAUUCUCAGACUUAAGCAUUAUUUAAACAUUCAAAAUUAAAUCUGCUUAAACUAGUAGAAUUCACCUAAAAAUUGACCAAUUUGAAAAAUAAGUUUAUAAUCAAGUUGGUCAAUAUAUAGAAAUCAUGGAUAAAGAUUAUUCAUAUAUAAAUAUUUAAAUCAUUUUCCAAUGCUCUUAGAAUAAGAAAGUUUAAAGUUAAUUUAGUAUAUCGAAUUAUGAGAAUGGAUCUAAUAAUUAAGAAAAUAUAUGGUUAAAUCAAUGCCACUAAACAGUUGAUCAUACAAUAACAUAUUCUUUUAGGUUAUAAAAAGUAGUUUUGAAAGAUGAAAUUAUGUUAAUUUAAAUUUCUGAAGAUGAGUUGAUAUUAUCAAUUCUAUUUAUACGGUCUCCAUAGAAACUGUUAUAAAUCACAUUGGUUGAUAUUUGA